CCCGUGCAGGGCGGGCGCGGGGCGGCUGGGCGGCGGCCGUCCAUGCGGCGGCGCUCGGGGCUGCCUGGCGCCGGGAAGCACGCGGGGGCGAGGCGAGGCGAGGCGGCCGCCGGUCGCUCCGGGACGCGGACCGCCAGGACUUGAACGCAACUCCCAAUUGCAGAAAAUUGGCAACGUCUCUGAAGAGCCCUUGCUUUUGCCUGGACCCCCAGCAUCAUGGUUUCCCAUUUCAUGGGGUCUCUCAGUGUCCUGUGUUUCCUCCUGCUGCUUGGAUUCCAGUUCGUCUGCCCACAGCCCUCCACUCAACACAGGAAGGUCCCGCAGCGGAUGGCGGCGGAGGGCGCCCCAGAGGACGGCGGCGGCGGCGCCCCAGAGGACGGCGGCGGCGGCGCCCCGGGAGUGUGGGGCGCCUGGGGCCCCUGGUCGGCCUGCUCGCGUAGCUGCAGCGGCGGCGUGAUGGAGCAGACGCGGCCCUGCCUGCCCCGCUCCUACCGCCUACACGGCGGCCAGCGGCCUGGCGCCCCCGCGCGCGCCUUCGCGGACCACGUGGUGUCGGCGGUGCGCACGUCGGUGCCACUGCACCGGAGCCGCGACGAGACGCCAGCGCUGGCCGGUACGGACGCCAGCCGCCAGGGCCCCACCGUGCUGCGAGGCAGCCGGCACCCACAGCCCCAGGGCCUCGAAGUCACUGGGGACAGAAGGAGCAGGACCCGUGGUACCAUUGGCCCUGGCAAGUAUGGCUAUGGUAAGGCCCCAUAUAUCUUACCACUGCAGACAGACACUGCACACACGCCACAGAGGCUCCGGAGACAGAAGCUCUCAUCCCGCCAUUCCAGGUCCCAGGGAACAUCUUCUGCUAGGCAUGGCUACAGUUCACCAGCCCACCAGGUCCCCCAACAUGGGCCUUUGUACCAAAGUGACAGUGUCCCUCGCUCUGGACUGCAGGCUGCGGAGGCCCCCAUCUACCAGCUACCUUUGACCCAUGAUCAAGGCUACCCUGCAGCUUCAAGUCUCUUUCACAGCCCAGAAACAAGCAACAACCAUGGUGUGGGGACCCAUGGGGCAACUCAGAGCUUCUCUCAGCCUGCCCGAUCUACAGCAAUCUCAUGCAUCGGGGCCUAUCGGCAGUACAAGCUGUGCAACACCAACGUAUGUCCAGAAAGCAGUAGAAGUAUCCGGGAGGUACAGUGUGCAUCCUACAACAACAAGCCAUUCAUGGGCCGGUUUUAUGAGUGGGAACCAUUUGCAGAAGUAAAAGGCAAUCGCAAAUGUGAGUUGAACUGCCAGGCAAUGGGCUACCGCUUCUAUGUACGGCAAGCUGAGAAGGUCAUCGAUGGCACCCCCUGUGACCAGAACGGCACGGCCAUCUGUGUGUCUGGGCAGUGCAAGAGCAUUGGCUGUGAUGACUACUUAGGCUCCGACAAAGUCGUGGACAAAUGUGGGGUGUGUGGAGGAGACAACACGGGCUGUCAGGUUGUGUCGGGCGUGUUUAAGCAUGCCCUCACCAGCCUGGGCUACCACCGCGUCGUGGAGAUUCCCGAGGGAGCCACGAAAAUCAACAUCACGGAGAUGUACAAGAGCAACAACUAUUUGGCCUUGCGAAGUCGUUCUGGACGCUCCAUCAUCAAUGGGAACUGGGCAAUUGAUCGACCAGGAAAAUACGAGGGCGGAGGGACCAUGUUCACCUACAAGCGUCCAAAUGAGAUUUCGAGCACUGCCGGAGAGUCCUUUUUGGCGGAAGGUCCCACCAACGAGAUCUUGGAUGUCUAUAUGAUACACCAGCAGCCAAACCCAGGCGUGCACUACGAGUACGUGAUCAUGGGGACCAACGCCAUCAGCCCCCAGGUGCCACCCCACAGGAGACCAGGGGAACCUUUCAAUGGCCAGAUGGUGACAGAAGGCAGGAGCCAGGAGGAGGGAGAAGAGAAAGGGAGGAACGAGGAGAAGGAGGACUUGCGUGGGGAGGCCCCUGAGAUGCUCACCUCAGAAUCGGCACAGACCUUCCCAGUCAGGCAUCCAGACAGAUUUUCUCCCCGUCGACCGGACAACUUGGUGCCACCAGCACCGCAGCCCCCACGGCGCAGCCGGGAUCACAACUGGAAGCAGCUUGGGACAACAGAAUGCUCCACGACCUGUGGGAAAGGAUCGCAGUACCCUAUUUUCCGCUGUGUGCACAGAAGCACUCAUGAAGAGGCUCCUGAGAGUUACUGUGACUCCAGCAUGAAGCCGACCCCCGAGGAGGAGCCCUGCAACAUCUUCCCUUGCCCAGCCUUCUGGGACAUCGGGGAGUGGUCUGAGUGCAGCAAGACCUGUGGCCUGGGCAUGCAGCACCGCCAGGUUCUGUGCCGCCAGGUGUACGCCAACCGCAGCCUGACGGUGCAGCCCUACCGCUGCCAGCACCUGGAGAAACCUGAGACCACCAGCACCUGCCAACUCAAGAUCUGCAGCGAGUGGCAGAUCCGGACCGACUGGACCUCGUGCUCGGUGCCCUGCGGCGUGGGACAGAGGACCCGUGAUGUGAAGUGUGUGAGCAACAUUGGGGAUGUGGUUGACGAUGAGGAAUGCAACAUGAAGCUCCGGCCGAAUGACAUUGAGAACUGCGACAUGGGACCCUGUGCCAAGAGCUGGUUCCUCACCGAGUGGAGCGAAAGGUGUUCAGCGGAGUGUGGGGCCGGAGUGCGGACACGCUCGGUGGUGUGCAUGACCAACCAUGUCAGCAGCCUGCCCCUGGAGGGCUGUGGGAACAACCGGCCAGCAGAGGCCACCCCAUGUGACAACGGACCCUGCACGGGCAAGGUGGAGUGGUUUGCCGGGAGCUGGAGUCAGUGUUCCAUCGAGUGUGGGAGCGGGACGCAACAGAGGGAGGUGAUUUGUGUUAGAAAGAAUGCAGACACCUUUGAAGUGUUGGACCCCUCUGAAUGUUCUUUCCUGGAAAAACCCCCCAGCCAGCAAUCCUGCCACCUCAAGCCUUGUGGAGCCAAAUGGUUUAGCACCGAAUGGAGCAUGUGUUCCAAGAGCUGCCAGGGUGGCUUUCGGGUCCGGGAAGUGCGGUGUCUGUCCGAUGACAUGACUCUAAGUAACCUCUGUGACCCUCAGUUGAAACCAGAAGAGAGAGAAUCUUGUAACCCUCAGGACUGUGUCCCUGAAGUUGAUGAAAACUGCAAGGACAAGUACUACAACUGCAACGUGGUGGUCCAGGCAAGACUCUGUGUCUACAACUACUACAAGACCGCCUGCUGUGCCUCCUGCACCCGUGUGGCCAACAGGCAGACGGGCUUCCUGGGGAGCAGAUAACACUCCUGCACCCCCAUCAGUAGGGCAGCAUCACUGCCUUCCCGGGGGCUUCAGCAGUGCGCCUGGCUGGCUGCUGCUCCACCACGGGCCCCCUGGCCCAGGCGCUGCCAACCAACUUAGUCACCACCCCUGCCUCCGGUGAAUGCACCCCGUGGUACCCAGGGGCUUUUUACACAGGAUGUUUGAAAGCCACAGUCGGUCCUUUAAGCAUCGCCAUGUACUGAUGAUCCCCUCCUUGGACCUGGCAUCUGCUAAUGGUGCCCUUUGAAAGUCAAGCAGUGGGAAGUACAUGGAGCUCUCAGCCCUGCUCCCAUCUGGCACCUUCAAGUCAACAGAUGGGCCACUGACUGAGCGUUGCCCCGUCCCUGGUGCUACUGGCCUUUCUAAACUUAGCACCCUGGAGAGUCCAAGGAGGCAGUGCCCCCAACCCAGCGCCCCACUAAGCCUUGCUGACACGCGUGCAUCCCUCUGUGACCUCAGCCCAGAUGUGCCUGUUUUCAUUCUCAAAGACAUUAGACUGUUUUCCUGCCCUAUGACACAGAUAGCUCACAUGAAUAUUGUGCUUUAUUUAGCAGGUGUACUCACAGAUACUAGCUCCUUAGCAGCUCACAACAUCCCAGAAUGGGAGGCAGGGGGUGACUCAUUAUCCCCAUUUUACUGACAGGGAAACUGAGGCUCAACUUAGGUAAUUGACCUGCCAGGUAUAUUCACCCAUCCGGUGGAAGAGCUGAGUCCCCGCCCCCAGUCAUCUACCAGUAUCCAGCCUGGGGCCUGUCCUUAGAUGUGAAAGGUGCUGCUUCAUUUCUGACCAAGAGACUGAGAAGUUUCCCAGAAUGCAAACAAAGCCCAGGCCCCUGAAAUCUUUCCAGUCAAGGUUUUAUCCCAGCAUUCAGUUGUUUUGGAUGUCUGUUCCUACUUGCCCUUACCCCCAAAGUUACAGAUCCUAGUUACAGGACUCUACUGGCUUUGUUAAACUGUCCGUGAGACAAGAAAGCCACUGGGGGAACCAGGUGAUUGUCUGAAAUUCUGACUCCGUUCCAAGUGCUGUUCCUCCCAGGAAAUCAAAGGCCAGGGUCCUUAUGGCCGUGGAGCCUUCCCGACCACAGAGCCAACUUGUGAAGCACACAGCUCUGCGGCCUGGGCUCUGCCCUGCCUCAGCCGCCUCCCCCACGCUCUUCACCACGCCCCUGGAGAGUCCGGCCAACCUGUCCCAGCCAAAACACUGCUGUAUUAGAAAAAGUCUCUUUCUGGUCUUUCUGGUUUUGUUUAUGAAUUUCCCUCUGUGGCCACAAAUUCCUCCCCUCCCCAUGACUCACAGUCCAUAUGGCCCACCCCCAGACUUGAGCACCAAGAUCUGCAUUAAUGCAGUUGGCCUGCAACAAGGAGCUGUGGACCCUUCCCCAUCUCUUCCAAUUCACUUUCCCCAACUAUCCAGUUCCAGAGGCCGCAGGCCUGGAAGGAUGCAGUGCAUAUUGAAAGGUGGACCCUCUGAAAACCAGUUAAGAGGAAUAUAUGUAUGUUUUACCCAUUAAGAAAUAAUGGCAAGCUAAACAAAUUGUAAACUUACAGAAAAUUUGUCUUAUGGUCCUGAGCAUAUUUCCCUUUUAAAGCAAGCCUGGAUUCUUAGCAAAGUGUUUCCCGCAUUUGCUCUUUUAGCUGACAAAUCUGCCACUGUGAUGAUGGUUUGCAGCUUUUGGAAGCAGUAUGGCAACCUGGCCUGACACGCUCUUUAGGCUUCCACUAACCUGGGGCUUUCAGAAAUUCUAUUUGGCCUUUCUGUGGGUAGCUUUCCAGCUUCUCUUCUAGGGAGCCCCAGGCAUCAUUUCCCAAAAGCAUCCCCAUCUCCUGAUUCUCUUGGAACUCCUACAGAUAAGCAUCCUGGCAGAGGCCCAGGCUCCCAAACCGACAAAGUGAAAAGAGACCAGAGAGGCCAAGCAUAUUGACCGGUGCUGUUCAAGGCCUGCUCUUUUCCACUCACCACUUGUUUUGCUGCUUGUCACGAGGAGAGUUGUUCCUGUAUAUGGCUGCUCUCAGAUCUUGCCAAGCAAGCCAGUCAUUUGAAGAGGUUUUCUUUUCAUGCUGGAGGGCAGGCUAAGAUCAAUGAGUGGAAGAGAGAAAGGCUGUUUUAGCUCAAGUUAAAGGAACACCUUCUAGCCAUCAAAGCCGCCCAACAGAGGCAAGGGUCACCACACAUGAGAGAGCGCUCUGUCCUUAAAGGGAAUUCUCUGUUGAGUGGAAGGUGAACACCCUGGUUCUUCCAACUCAGGAAUUCUCGUGGCUGGGCUGGGUCAGUGAUGGCUUUGUCUCUUUAUGUCUAAAGUGCCCUGUGGCUGCUGAAGGUUACCUAACCAUUCUUUAAAAGGAGAAUGACCCUCCAUGAGAAUGGCCAGCCUGCCAACUGUGCAAUUGAAGACCCAAUGGAUCAACCCCAUGUCUCCCUUGGGGAGAAAGUGCAUAAACCAGGGGUCUCUUUUUUUUUUUUCAACAAACCAUUGAGCUAUUCUUGGAGUUCAUCUCUGGAGAGGUUAUACAUUAUUAGAAGUUUGAUUAUUAUUAUAGUUUGAUCAAUUUGUCUUAGAGAUCCAAUUUUUACUAAUUCCCUAGUUUUUUAUUUCAGCAUCUGAAUGUCUUUCUCCCCAGCACAGUGCAUACAAUUAGGGCCUUGGGUAUUUCCAGUGAUAACUUUCCUUGGAGAGGAUCUAAGAAAAGCCCAGAUUUCGGUAGCCAUCUCCCUCCAAAUAUGUCUCUUUCUGCUUUCUUAAUGCCCAUUAUUUCCCCUUCUCCUUUCUUCUGUCACUGCCAUCUCCUUCUUGGUCUUCCCAUUGUUCUUUAACUGGCCGUAAUAUGGAAUUGAUAUUUACAUUUCGAUACUGGUUUUUUUCUUGGCCUGUGUACGGGAUUGCCUCAUUUCCUGCUCUGAAUUUUAAAAUUAGAUAUUAAAGCUGUCAUAUGGUUUCCUCACAAAAGUCAACAAAGUCCAAAAAAAAUAGUUUGCCGUUUUACUUUCAUCCAUUGAAAAAGGAAAUUGUGCCUCUUGCAGCCUAGGCAAAGGACAUUUAGUACUAUCGAUUCUUUCCACCCUCACGAUGACUUGCGGUUCUCUCUGUAGAAAAGGGAUGGCCUAAGAAAUACAACUAAAAAAACAAACAAAAAACACCAAAAAAAAAAAAAAAAAAAAAAAAGCCAUUUAAAGCCAGCCACUAGAGGGAGUCAGUUCAGUUCCGUAAAGGUAUGCUCAGUGCCCGCUGCCUGCAAGCUGUUGGGGACCCCAGGGAGGGCAAGGCAGCCUGUCCCUGCCCCCAGGGAGCUAGAACAUGACAAGAAUUCUCAGCACUGUGCCUACCUGUCCCUUUACCUUACCUCUCUGGCCCAGAGUUCUUGGAGGGUUUUUUCUUUAUUUUCUUACGUACUCAUCUACUUAUUCUCAAAGUAUUUAGCAUUCAACACUCUUUUUGCUUUAAAAAGAAUGGCCGUACAAAGGGACAGAAAAGAGAAGACACAAGCUUGGUGUAUUUUCAUCAAGUUAUGUGGCAGAGAAAUCCAGAUAUUACCAGGACCUGUCUAAACAAAUGUUGUGGGUUUUCUUUUCAUUCGGAUAGCCACUUUAUAGUUGGAAUAUCAAUUUUCUAAUGAGGAGGAAGACAUAAGUGGUAAAAAGAAACAUGACUUCCCUUAAAACAGGCUGGAUAAUCUAUAUCAGCCUUGUGGGUGGAGACUAGUAUUUGAUCCUUGCCAUAUAAAACAUUUUAAUAUGGUUUACAUGGGAAAAUAUCAAUGGCUUCCUCACAAAAUGUAUGGGUGACAUGAAGUUGAAGAGCCAAUGGCUUGGGUGACACAUACUGGAUCCAAAAAGAUCAGGGAGACUAGAAUAAAACUUGGAUGUUAAAAAUUCAUUAGGAAUCCACAUAAAGUACUAUAUUUGGACUAAAAUGAAAAACUAAAGGUGGGAGAGAGGCAAGAAUUUUAGUUGACUAAGCUCAGUGUGAGUCACAGUGGGAUGGAACCAUGCAAAAACAAAACCCACAGACAUGCAGGCUACGUGAGGAGAAAACAGUGGUGAGGAUCACAUCACAUUGUGUUUGCAUUUGCCGGAACCAUACUUUAAGAAGAAAACCUAUCAUCUAUAACAUCAGUUUAUCAAUGCCCCGUCCUGAUGAAGGGUGCAGACUCUCAGAAACAGCAGGAAGGACUUCAUGAGAACCCUCAGGCUGGAGAAGGGACUAGGGCACAAGGAGAGCUCUCCUAGGACCAGGACCAAGAAGCUACAGGCAGGCACAGUUUAGCUCCUGCAGAGACCCAGCUUUUCACAAGUUGGAGCCUUCCAGAGAUGGAGGGACUGUGGUAGGUGGUGACCCACCCAUCACUGGAGGUGGAAGCAGAGGCUGUUUGCCAGGGAUGCUGGAGAGGGGAUUCAAGCAUCUGGCUGGGCAACGUGAUGCUCAGGGCCGUCUCCACUCGGGGCUUAGGGGAGUCUGUAAGUAGAAGAGCUUUAGGUGAUUUGUUUGGUGGGGGAAGGCAAGUACACAGCUACGCACUUUCCGUUUCUGACUUUUGCCACCCUGUCAGCCAUGGGGAGCCCACUGUGGGACUGAAACCCUGAGCUGAAUGCGGCCUCAUGUCUUAGAGAAACACUGGCAAGUUGGUCAGAGCCACCAUCUGCAUCGAGGAGUAGCUGAGCGGCAGGAUGGGGGGCUGCCUGCCCAGGGUCUCUCACCGUGGUGUAAGCAGAGCCAUGGCUUGCCUAGGACCCUAUAGAUACCAUCAUUCUUUCUCAGCUCGACUGGAGUUUCUGCACCUUUGCAGGGGCAAAGUAACUCCCUGCACCCUGAACCGCCCCCCAUUCCUGUUCAUUUCAACAGAUAAUGAUGGGGGUGGGGGGUGUCCAUCGUGCUGAGGGUGUGACCACAAGAGGGUGAAAACUUCCAGCCAACUUUCUCAGUCCUUUCUCUUGCCAGAGGGAAGCCACCUGCUACACAAACUAACACCCCCUGCCUUGACCCCUUCCCCACGACUCAGUUGACAGAAGGAUAUACUUUGUUAUAACUUAUUAUUUUGUUCUCUGUAAAUACAAGAUGUUUAUAGGAAAUAUGUAUUCUGAACUCUAUCUGCAGAAUGAGUCACUACACCAAAAUAGUUCUAUUAUUUAGAAUGUGUUAAUUUUAAAGGGACCUGAUAGGUAUUUAUUUACAUAUGCGAUCCACGUUUGUGUGAAAGCAUGUGAUCAUACUAACCCAGCCUCCUGGAAUGUCACUGUACGAUGAUUGAUGUCUUUUUCUCAGUCCAUAGUUAAAAUUGUUUAGUAUGCUAAUCAGUCCAGUUCCCUGAGGUUUAAGAUCAAAUAUAAAUUACUCUGCUUUUCGACUCAUUCAGGUAGCAUUGUACCUGAACCUGAUUGCUACUUUUUCAUCUUAAAUAUUAUAUUUCCUCAUCUAAUCUGCCUUCCCCUCAUCCACAGACAUUUGGAGAAGGAAAUGGGAGGGUGUCUGUUAUCCCUUUCUCUUUGCUUUGUCCCCGUUGCUAGACUGGCAGCGUCAGUUGCUCGGCGGGCUUGGUUAGAGCCGUGGAUGAGGCAGGUGGGUGGCGGGGACAGGGAGAGGCUGAGAGGGAAGUGGUGGCAUUUACUGCUCUGACACUUCCACUGUCCCUGCUGGGGAUGCUGGGGCCAAGGCCUGUGGGGCCUGUGAACUGCACAGCCAGGAGCAAGGAACCCGCUAAAUACUCCGUCACCUCCAUGUCUUCCCUACAGAGUUAAAUUAUUACAUAAGCAGGUGAAAGGUAGAAGGCGAAUUAUGUGAGUAAAUAUGGUCUGUUUUCUCUUCAGCAAAAAUGACUAUUUUUGUGUAUGACUAAUUUAUUUUUAUUAUUGUAAAGAUACAAUAAACCGGUUGAAAUAUCUGC